GAGCGGGCAGGCGGCCGCGCGGAGCCAGAGCGGGUCGCUGAUGGCCCCGGCGCCGCCUCCGCUCAGCGUCGUGCCCGGAGAAGGGCCGGAGCGGCCGCCGGGACGGCGCGGGGCCGCGCCCGGGCUACUGGAGUGCAGCCGCUGCCGGUACCUGCGCACGGGCAGAGGCUGCUGCCGGGUGGUGCAGGCGCUGCUCGCCGUGCUGAUCCUGACCUGCGGCUCCGUGUCCUGCGGCUCCCCGGGAGGCUACACGGGCCUUCCCGGCCUGGGGGGCAUCUACUACUACCAGUACGGCGGGGCUUACAGCGGCUUCAGCGGAACAGACGGGGCCAAGGCCCAGCAUCUUGACCAGCGUUUCUACCUGCUGAAGCUGCCGAUUGGGAGGGCAGCAGUGGCCGUGGGAGGGGGUCUGCUGGCCCUCUCUUGUGUUCUGAUGGUGGUUGGCGUGCUACGGGUACCGUGGCAUUUCCCAGCGUGGCUGCUCAUUGAAUGCAUCCUGGACAUCGUGAUUGCAGUUGGCAUAGUGCCUGCUCUGUACUACUUCUUCCAUUUUCUGCUAGGGGCUUAUAAUUCAUCAGUGUGCAAAGAGAGAGAGCAGCUUUAUCAAAGCAAGGGCUAUCAGGGCUUUAGCUGCAGCCUGCAUGGGGCAGAGAUCGCUGCUGGCCUCUCAGGCUGCACAGCAGUAGCGGCAUACCUGCUUAGCGCAGGCCUGGCUGGCAGGGGGUACAGAACAGUUCGCAAGCUGAAACAGCAGCCAGGUCAAUUACGUGAACCUCAGAAUAAAUCUGCCCACUAGUGGUUGUGAUUUUUUGCCAGCCUCCUGACCGAGACAGAGCAAUAUGCUUUUCCUUGCCUUGAGAGAAUAUAGCGGUACAGGUAGUGGAGUCAAGCUGUUCCCAACUUGAAUUUGCAUCAUUGAAUUAUUAGCAGACAUAGAGUUAGUCCAAGGGCUGGUCUUCAUCCGGUGGCUGAUCCUUACCAGAGGAUGACUGUCCUUGCCUAGCUGACUAAUACGCUGCACUGGUCUCCAAUGAUGUCUUGCUGCCAGUACUGCUGUUACGUACUUCUGCUGCUGAACACCUUUCUGUAGCUGAAACUGUCUUUGCAAAGGGCUUGCAACGUGAGUGAUCAAGGCCUGAAUUAUUGCUUUCUUGUGGGUCUCUUGGAACUAACAGGGCAGUCUGAACGUAGCAUUUAUAGAGUCAUCAGAGUCCUGAAAUAAACUUGCAAAAUAAUGAUCACAGCAUAGUGACACAAUGUCCCUUCAAGCUCCUGGAGAAGGCACGUUUUUGUAUGAAGUGGUCUUUUAUAGAACUUGUAUACAACACAGUUUAGUCUACAAAGAUACCUCGAACUAGGACAAUCAGACAAAAGCUUUAAGAGCUCAAACAGGUGGUUUAAGAUAGAAGUAUAUUGUUUUCAAAAUAAAUUUUUUAUGUACAAGUUGGAGAAAUGAGAUGCUGCUCUUGU